UUCCGUUUGUCUUCUCCAAAGUUUCUAUCAAUUACCUGCAUCAAAUCAUUGUAGUUCAUCAUGGAGUCAGUUGAAAAGACAACGAGGUAAUGAAAGAGCCGACAUGCGUUGACUUCUCCAAGAUGCGUAAUCUUAGAUCGGAGCAUUGGAGUUGAUCGCAGAUGCCCAUAACUUUGUAGCUGAUUCGGAUUGAAAGAUUGUCCCGAGCAGUUUUUACCAGAUUUAGUAUCGUGCUAAGAAAAUCUCCUCCACAGCAUCGAGACGAGUAUGGGAGCUCAGCUGAGCCAAGCUGCGGAUUCUGGAAAGCAAAUCAAGGAAUGGUCUUUCAGCUACGAAGGUCACAAUCCGUCCUUUGAAGAUGGCUGGUCGAAACUAUCCCGAGAAGUGGUGGCUGACAAGAUACGGGGCCUGGUGUUCGGCAAUGCAAUUGGAGAUGCGCUUGGUUUGACGACGGAGUUCAUGAACAAGGCCGAGGCCGAAGUUUAUUAUGGCAAAGAUGGCCCCACAGCGUACACGGAUACCGUCCAGGACUACCAUCGCAGCCGGUGGAGAUGUGGUGACUGGACUGAUGACACAGACCAGCUCAUCUUGAUGAUUGCCAGCCUUAGGUACUGCAAAGGAAAGGCCUCGCCGACCGACUUUGCUAUGCGCUUGCUUAGUUGGAAGCAGCAUGGGUUCAGUGAGCUCGGAGACAUUGGUGGAAUGGGAAUUGGCUUAACAACGGUUCGUGUUCUCUCCUCUUCUAACUUCCUGGAGAAUCCUCACCAGGCAGCCGAUGACAUUUGGCAGGCCUCGGGUCGCUACUUGGCUGCUAACGGUGCUAUUAUGCGAACUGCAAUUGCCGGAGCUGCCAACUUCAAUGAUAUCGAGAAAGUGCUGUGGCAGACGAGGGAGUUCUGCAUGGUGACCCAUGCUGACCCUCGCUGUAUUGCUAGCUGUGCUGUUGUUACCACUGCAAUUGCACUGAUGUUGCAAGGUGAAUAUGAUGCUCAUGAUGAGAAAGAAGUCAAUGAGCUGAUCAAAAUCAGUUCACAGCAUGCAGAAAAGUUCUUACAAGGCCACGACACUGGCCUGAAGGACUUUCACAAGUACAUGGGUGUCAAGACGUGGACUGCGCUAAAGCUGGACGACGCCAAAACUCUCGGAUACACAUAUAAAGCCAUGGGUGCUGGAAUUUUUGGCCUGCGUACUGACACUGACUUUCGGCGUACAAUCACUGAACUGGUCAUGGAGGCCGGUGAUGCAGACAGCAACGGUGCUGUGUGCGGCGCUCUGCUCGGCUGCAAGUAUGGCUACUCAGGUCUGCCAAAAGACUUGCUGGAAGGACUGGUGCACCAUGAUUGGCUUGAUGACUGGGUCGACAAGUUUCUGGCAAUGCUGGGUCUCGCCGAUGCCAAGAGACUGGGAGGACCAUCGGCGGCGUCCAAAGAUCAACCUGUCAACAUGAAAGUGAGGAAGGAAGAUCUUGGUGAUGUCGCCGUCGUGGAGGUGGGCAUGCCUGAAAAUGCCCUGUCGAAUAGUGGAGACGCCUCUGCUGGUGCUGCAGAGGGGAGUGAAAAGUCAGAGAGUGAGGCAAACUGUUCUGACGAUGCUGCUACCGCAACUGCUGUUGCUGCUGAUGUUGCAGUGAGUGCUGAUUCCAUUGAGGAAACAAACACCAUCGCACCUGAUGCUCCAUCAGCGACUGGACGUGUGACAGCAGAUGGUGGUGACGGAGGCGACUCGGACAAGGAGCUAGGUGAUAAUGGUUGUGCGGCGGCUAGCAAUGAAGUGACCUCAGAUGCUGCAAUGGAGGAGGCAGUUUAAGCAGCAGCGGUCCCCAAUGACCAUCAGGCUGAUCUGGAUGCUGGUAACACUGCAAGCGAAGUGCUGUGAUUGUCUUCCGCACACAUGUCAAACCCAGUGGGUGGAAAUCCUGUCGGCUUCUCACAAUCACUUCAGACUUCAGCAGCAAUGAUCAAGUUGAACCAGUGUACCAUACUGCAGAAUGAGCAGUCAACGUUGAGCAAUGGCAGAGCGAUGGUACUCCUAUAUUUCCGUUAGUGGCCACAGCUGAGCAGGUGAAAGUGAGACAUUUUGUGACGUUUCUGCCAUGUUAGAUUAUUUCCUCUGUUCUUGCUACGCUACAGACUACCGGUAUGAUUGUAUUCCUGCUUCUCUUUGGCAACAUGUUUUAACUGUAUUGUUGUACAGUCGUACCCACAUCGGAUUAGUCCCUCAUAAUUAUAGUUUUCUUACAUGUUGGCUAGCCCUUUAUUUCGGAUUACUUCGUUUAAAAAAAGAUCAAUGUACAUACAUACUACUUGUACAAUGACUUCUAGGAGCUGGUGGUUGCAGGACAAUCUUUAUGUCGUAUUUUUCGUCUCCAACAGUGAAACCUACUCUCUCUCUCUCUCUCUCUCUCUUGUCUUUUCUAUUUCGUGAACAUGAAACUCAGAGUAGCGACUGACUACUAACUAGCCUUGAUUGCUGCUCUUGUUGUUCUGUGUAUUUCGAAUAAAACCGUAUUUUAGCUCUAACAUAUUGCUGUUGGAAUGUAGCUGUGUGCACAUAGCAUAGUCGUGUCCAGAUAUAUAUUUUUAUCCUGUAUGUUUGUAUGGUCUACUCUAUAGUAAUGAGGACCUCAAUACCUGCCGGAAUCUUGCAGUUUGCGGAUGAUGCUCUGUGCAAUGUGUCGAAA